AUGGAAGACACCGAGUAUAAACUGAAAGGCGUGCUGGCCGGGCACACCAAAGGAGUAAGAUGCAUGUGUAUAAUUAAUAACACCCAGUUGGAAGAACCGAAAGAAUGCCAACCCACCUUUGACUACAUAGUUAGUGCAGACAUGACUGGAACAAUCAUGGUGUGGAAAAGGAAGACUGGCGAGGAGACCCUAAAUGGAGUAAUUCUCCCCCCGGAUGAAAAUCCAUACAACGAUGUAGAAACGUUUCCACUUCACCUGAGUGAUAAUUACCAACUUUACAAAAAAAUAGAAAUACACGAACGAUUCGUCUACGCAAUGACACACAGUAAAUACGUAGGCAUAGGUCAGUUAAAAAAAUGUACAGAUAACCUGGAGGACCACUUAUAUGUGUACAGCGGAGGGAGUGAUAAAGGUGUCUACCUCUUCAACCUGAAUGGCUACAUAGAACUAAUGCUACAAGGACAUAAAAACAGUGUUUCUAGUAUUGUUGAAUAUAGUGAGCAUAUUUUACUCAGUGCGGACUGGAAUGGGGAAGUCAUCAUGUGGAAAAUCAUCAAAAUGGGUGACCAACCUGUGGAUGGUGAAAACUUGGGAAAUCCCCCCCCCACCAGCGGCAACGCUAAUAAAGGAGGAAACACCCUCUGUGGGAAUAAAUACACCUACAGCAUAAUAAAAAUUCUAAACAACCAUAAAUACGCCACGUAUGUUAACUGCCUGAACGAAUAUAUCCUCACCAUUUCGCAAAAUAAUACAAUCAACGUGUGGAAUAGUGACGGAGAAAAAACAGACGAAGUAAAAAAUAUACACAGUGAUAGUGUGCGCGAUAUAGUACUAUUUAAUGGAAACAAAAAUGCUAUUACCUUUUCGAAUGAUGAAACGAUUAAUAUAUAUGACUCCAAUUUUAAUUUGCUAAAAAUGUACAAAGGGCAUCAAGGAUUUAUCUUCUACGUGUGUGUAAAUGAAAAGGAACAAAUUAUGUAUAGCUGCGGUGAUGACAAAAGUGUUAAAGUGUGGUGUAUAAAAGACAUUUAUGAGUUGAUGAAAAAGUACGACACAGAGGGGGGGGCCAUCUUAAAUAAACUUCCACUAAUGAGCCAAGGGAAAGAUACUCCCUGCUUACAAACUAUUUACCUAACAGACACCCUGUGGAGUGUCAAAGUGCUAAGCAAUGGGGACCUCGCUUGUGCCUGUAAUGAUAGCUACAUUAGGGUGUAUACUAAAAAGAGGAACCACAUGUUGACGGAAGAAGCAGCGAAGGAGGUACUCGAAAUGUGCAAUAAACGCAACAAGAAGGAAAACCCCAAUGGAGAAAACGCAAAUUCUACCGGAGGGGGAAAUGAUCGAGAUAAUAUAAUCAGUGUGGAAAAUAUAAAAAGCGUUGUAGGAAAGGAAGGAGAAGUUAAAAUUUUCAAAAAUGGAAAAAAAUAUGAAGCGUACAAAUAUGAGAACAACGAGUGGGUACUCAUAGGCGAAGUAGUAGACGACAGCACAUCACAGAAAAAGUUUUACAUUGGAGAUAAUCUGUUCAAACAGGGCUACUACGAUGAAGUAGUUUCCAUAGACACGGGUUACGGAAGCAUAAAACAACUCCCCUACAAUGCUAGUGACAAUGUGCACGUUAUAGCAGAAAUGUUCUGCAAAAGAGAAGGUCUCUCCGCCAGCCAAAUAAAGCCAAUAGUCGAUUUUAUUAACCAGAAUUAUGCAUCCAAAGGUGGGACAUCCACCACAAGCAGUUCCUUCGCUACUAAUAAUGGUAGUACCCCUUAUGGUGGGAAAAAAUUCAACACCGUUUUGAACGUUUUCACGGUGGAAAAAGCUGCCCUGGAUAAAAUUUUCCAAAAAAUACAAGAAUUUAACUCCCUCCAAGCGAGUGAUGAAGAGCAGAAAAGUAAACUAUCAAAUGAACAGAUUAAUGCUCUAUCAAACAUUAUUAACCUGUAUAAGAAAAAUAUAAAAAAUGUGUACAAUUUCAACACCGCAGAUAUUAACCUCAUUAUGAGACUUUUCAAUUGGCCUCCCACUCAUAUAUUCCCCGUGAUUGACCUCUUUAGGGUUCUCGUUUUAAAUAAAAAUUGUGAUUUUUUAUACAAUAAUAAGUACGCCUUCAAUGCCUUUAAGCUGGUCUACGAUUGCGUUGCUUAUUAUAUAUCGAAUUCCUCAAAGUUGCAACAAAAUGAGGAGAACAAACUGGACUCUUUGCUCCUCUGUUGCCUUCGCUUUUAUUUAAAUAUGUUUAGCUUAUCCACCCCAAGAUUUUACAUGUACAAAAAGUUUAACUUUGUCGCCAAGCAGUUAGCAGAGGUGAAGUCCACCAAUUUUAACAUUAACACAUUGUGUCUGAAAAUAUUUUUCAAUUAUGUGAUUACGCUGAAUGAAAAUAAUGAUCAGGCGAUGAGGAAAUCUGUGUUCGAAGUUUUGCACUCCAUUAAGCACAAGAUAAAUGACAUCGAACUGCUAUACAUUUUUGCCCUCUGUUUCCACACAUCCCAUGAAAUGAACAUAAAGGAAACUAACGAAAUUGUGAAAAAGUAUGGCUCCCUUGAUUUUAUGAAAAACAAACUGGAUUCUCUCUUCCCGCAGAAGAAUGAGCAGAAUGAAAAGGUGUUCAAAAAUGUGGGUUCCAUUUUGGAGGACCUCUCACCGUAG